GUGACAGGCCGCGCGGGGGCGGAGGGGUGGGUCUGCGGCUCCCUACGUCCCCGCGGAGCGGCGGGCCACAGAGAAUGCUGAUGGGAGAACUAUUUCCCUAAUUUCCACGUAGUCAAGCUGAUUGCCAUGAUGGAUGAUCAGCAAGCUUUGAACUCAAUCAUGCAAGAUUUGGCUGUUCUUCAUAAGGCCAGUCGACCAGCAUUAUCCUUACAGGAAACCAGAAAAACAAAAUCCUCAUCACCAAAAAAGCAGAAUGAUGUUCGAGUCAAAUUUGAACACAGAGGAGAAAAAAGAAUCCUUCAGUUCCCCAGACCAGUUAAACUGGAAGACCUGAGAUCUAAAGCUAAAAUUGCCUUUGGACAGUCUAUGGAUCUGCAUUAUACCAAUAAUGAGUUGGUAAUUCCAUUAACCACCCAAGAUGACUUGGACAAGGCUGUGGAACUGCUGGAUCGUAGUAUUCAUAUGAAGAGCCUCAAAAUACUACUUGUAAUAAAUGGAAGUGCACAGGCUACUAAUUUAGAGCCAUUGCCAUCACUAGAAGAUUUGGAUAACACAGUAUUUGGAGCAGAGAGGAAAAAAGGACUUUCUGUAGUAGGUCCCACUAGUAGAGAUAGAAGCUCCCCUCCCCCUGGAUACAUUCCAGAUGAGUUACACCAGGUUGCCCGGAAUGGGUCAUUUACCAGUAUCAACAGUGAAGGAGAGUUCAUCCCAGAGAGCAUGGACCAAAUGCUGGACCCAUUAUCUUUAAGUAGCCCUGAAAAUUCUGGCUCAGGAAGUUGUCCAUCACUUGAUAGCCCUCUGGAUGGAGAGAGCUAUCCAAAAUCACGAAUGCCUAGGGCACAGAGCUACCCAGAUAAUCAUCAGGAAUUUUCAGACUAUGAUAACCCUAUCUUUGAAAAAUUUGGAAAAGGAGGAACAUAUCCAAGAAGGUAUCAUAUUUCGUAUCACCAUCAAGACUAUAAUGAUGGUCGUAAAACUUUUCCAAGAGCUAGAAGGACCCAGGGGACCAGCUUCCGAUCUCCUGUGAGUUUCAGUCCUACUGACCACUCCUUAAGCACUAGUAGUGGAAGCAGUAUCUUUACCCCGGAGUACGAUGAGAGUCGAAUCAGAAGAAGGGGAAGUGACAUAGACAAUCCUACUUUGACUGUAAUGGACAUUAGCCCACCCAGCCGCUCACCUCGUGCUCCAACCAACUGGAGAUUGGGCAAAUUACUUGGCCAGGGAGCCUUUGGCAGGGUCUACCUCUGUUACGAUGUUGAUACAGGAAGAGAAUUGGCUGUUAAGCAAGUUCAGUUUGACCCAGAUAGUCCUGAGACCAGCAAGGAAGUAAAUGCACUUGAGUGUGAAAUUCAGUUGUUGAAAAACUUGCUGCAUGAGCGAAUUGUUCAGUAUUAUGGCUGUUUGAGGGAUCCCCAAGAAAAAACACUUUCCAUAUUUAUGGAAUAUAUGCCAGGGGGCUCCAUUAAGGACCAAUUAAAAGCAUAUGGAGCUCUAACUGAGAAUGUGACCCGGAAAUACACCCGUCAGAUUCUUGAGGGAGUUCAUUAUUUGCACAGUAAUAUGAUUGUUCAUAGAGAUAUAAAAGGUGCAAAUAUUCUGAGAGAUUCAACAGGCAACGUCAAACUAGGAGAUUUUGGGGCCAGCAAACGGCUUCAAACCAUCUGUCUUUCAGGGACGGGAAUGAAGUCUGUCACAGGCACACCAUAUUGGAUGAGCCCUGAAGUGAUUAGUGGAGAAGGCUAUGGCAGAAAAGCAGAUAUCUGGAGCGUGGGCUGUACUGUGGUAGAAAUGCUAACUGAAAAGCCUCCCUGGGCCGAGUUUGAAGCGAUGGCUGCCAUCUUUAAAAUCGCCACUCAGCCAACGAACCCAAAGCUGCCACCUCAUGUCUCCGACUAUACUCGAGACUUCCUCAAACGGAUUUUUGUGGAGGCCAAACUGAGGCCGCCCGCUGACGACCUUCUGAGGCACACGUUUGUGCACUGCCACUAG